AUGGGCCUGAAUUGGUCCUCAAUCUUGGACAGCGUCAUCGCUGGUUUUCUAGCUUUGCCUUUUCCGGCAUUCAAUUUAAUAAUCUUCGUCCUUGGCUUGUUCGUUUGGGGCAACAAAUUGAAGAAGUACGUCGCGCGCAAGUUGGCGCAUUGGGACCUUGGUGUGAGGGAGGAGGAGGAGAAGAAGAACAAAGAGAUGGAGAAGAAGAAGAAGGAGAUGGAGGAGAUGGUGAAGAUGGCGGUGGAGACGGCGAUGGAUGCGGCGCUUGGGGGAGGGAGAAGUGGUUCUUGGAAGGGAAGAGGGCGGGGGUGA